GAUCAGUCAUGUAUCGGCCUGGUGUCUGGACGGUUGCCUCCUGGAUGAGCGGAGAAUUUCAGAACGGAUGAUGUGUGUAUUCAGCGAGAGCACAUGAAAAGACAGCUGCUGUCCCGUUUUCCGAGACCGGCGAUAGUGCACACCCCCCGAGCGGCUCUUCACGGGAACUGUGCAGGGAUUGACCGGGGUCCCUAUCCUUCGCAGCUCGUCGGGGAAACCUUUCACCGUCACCAGCAAGACAACCGCAAUCUCCCUCCGUGUUUCCGCAACAUGAUGAACCCCGUCAGGCAGCAGAGCUUGGAUCCUGACCUGGGGCGGAUCUGUCAGAACACCAGCCCCUAUCCUUGGAAAGGAGGACCCUCCUCUGUUUACAGGACACAGGAUAACCAGGGCAGUGCCCUCUUCCAGCCAGGCUGUACCCCCUGGCACAAUGCCCACUCAGGCCAGAAGGCUGCAAUGGGUAAAGGCCCAGUGGAUCCUGUGAGGGAGGACGGCAGCGGAUCAGGAAAGGCGUGCGAGCGGGUGGUGCUGAUCGUUGAUAAGACGCGGUUUGUGGUUGAUCCAGCUAUCUUCAGAGCGCACCCUGAUACCCUGCUCGGCCGAAUGUUCACCUCCGGCCAAGACCAUAAGGUCACCCAGGCGAACCAGAAAGGCGAGCACGAGAUUGCUGAGGGUCUCAGCUCCACGGUGUUCCGUGCAGUUCUGGAUUAUUAUAUAACUGGAGUCAUUCAGUGUCCUGACGGUAUUUCAGUGCAGGAACUCCGGGAUGCAUGCGACUAUCUGUGCAUCAACUUUAGUCACAAUACAAUCCGCUGUCGCGAUCUCAGUGCUCUGUUACAUGAGCUGUCAAACGAUGGGGCACGGAAGCAGUUUGAGAGGAACCUGGAAGAGUUGGUUUUUCCCCUGAUGGUGUCGAGUGCCCGGAAAGGGGAGCGGGAGUGCCACGUAGUGGUGCUGGCACAUGAGGACACAGUGGACUGGGACCAACAGCAUCCACCACAAAUGGGAGAGGAAUAUUCUCAAAUUAUUUAUAGCACCAAACUGUACAGGUUCUUCAAGUAUAUUGAGAACCGGGAAGUUGCCAAACAGGUGUUGAAGGACCGAGGGCUAAAGAACAUCCGCAUUGGAAUUGAAGGUUACCCGACGUGUAAGGAGAAGCUGAAGCUGCGAGCUGGGGGCCGUUACGAGGUGAUCUACAACUAUGUGCAGCGACCAUUCAUCCACAUGUCCUGGGAGAAGGAGGAGGGGAAGAGCCGGCAUGUGGAUUUCCAGUGUGUCAGGAGCAGGUCUGUCACCAACCUGACCUCACCACCCCGUGACCAUGGCAACACCCAUCACCCGCAGGUGGAUGAGCUCGACAUCCUGGGCCCAGCACAGGAGCAGGCCGUGGGGGUUAGCGCCUCCUCCACCGAGUAAACGAAACCCUGGGGCAUGAGCACCUAACAACAGGUCACGGACACAUUACCAACUGGGGCCCCAGGUCAUGGACACGUCAACAACAGGCCCCAGGUCAUGGACACGUCAACAACAGGCCUCAGGUCAGGACACGGUAACAACUGGGUCCCCAGGUCAUGGACACGUCAACAACAGGCCCCAGGUCAUGGACACGUCAACAACAGGCCUCAGGUCAGGACACGGUAACAACUGGGUCCCCAGGUCAUGGACACGUCAACAACAGGCCCCAGGUCAUGGACAUGUCAACAACAGGCCCCGGGUCACGGGCACAUUAACAACUGGGGCCCCAGGUCAUGGACACGGUAACAACUGGGUCCUCAGGUCAUGGACACGUCAACAACAGGCCCCAGGUCAUGGACACGUCAACAACAGGCCCCAGGUCAGGACACGGUAACAACUGGCCCCGGGUCACGGACACGUUAACAACUGGGCCCUGGGAAAUGGACCUACACUUCAGGCUGCUCUGUCACAGGUACAAGAGGAGGACAGCACGGAGCACGAUGAUUUGGUCUGUGAGGGGAUCCUGUGCAAUGAUCAAGUGUGGAGAAACCGUUGCUGAUCAGGUGUGAGGCUCCCACUGUGUUCAAACACAUGGGUUCUGGCACUGAGUGGGUUUGCCAGAAUCUAAUGGUGAUCAGGUGCAGGAGAUCCACACAGUGCAGGGAUCUGGUAUGAGGACCAGGUUUAAUGAUCCAAUACAUGAAUCUGUUGUGCAGGCUCUGGUGCUAGGAACGGGUGGGAAGAUCAGAAGCAAGGCUCUGUCUGGCACCCUGAUUUUUUUUUAAUUCAUCUGUGGAAUAUGGGUGUCACUCUAGGCCCAGCAUUUAUUGUCUGUCCCUAGUUGCCCCUUGAGAAGGUGGGGGUGAGCUGCCUUCUUGAACCGCUGUAGUCCAUGUGCCGUAGGUUGACCCUUAGGGAGGGAAUUCCAGGAUUUUGACCCAGCGACACUGAAGGAAUGGUCAUGUAUUUCCAAGUCAGGAUGGUGGGGGGAAUCUGUAAGUGAUGUUCCCACAUCUGUGUAGAAGCUACCACGAGUCUGUUCAGGGGGAGGCAGGAGCUGUUCGUGAGAGAGAUUAUGCACGUGGGAGUGUGUAUUAUGGAGGGGGCGCGGGGCAGGGUAAUUGCCAUCAUAAUUGAGUCUCCGAAAUAGGCCACAAAUUUUGACAGCUCUUGGUUUAUGGGAAUGAUGCUGGAAGCAGAACCUCUGACUGAUUCCCUUCUCCCAGAGGCGGAGAUUUACAGCAGCGUGACCCUUCUGUAUUUUGUGUAUUUGCUAGAUCUUGAUUGGAGUGACCCCAAAACCAGUCCCACCGCCCUACAUUCAAACUAAAACCAAUCCCACUCCGUCCUCGUGUCCAUGUAUCGAUUCCAAACUGCCCCUAUUCCCCUUUGAGUCCUCUACUUGCAUUUUGAAUAAAUACAAUGGUCACUGACUCAACUGGUCUGUGCUCCAACUAAUCAACGUGAAACCUCCCCCAUUUUGAAUUGGAGCCACUGACUCACCAGCCUGUGGCCACAGUCGAUCCCUAAACACUAUCCAAAUUCUCCUACGUUUCCUGUCAAAUUUUCCCUGGCCCAAUGUCUGCUGUGCUCUGCUAUCAUCCUGAGAAAUCAUCUUCAAGAAACCACAGCCCAACUGUGAGCCAGAGUUGGUGUAGGUGCAUCAUUACUCCCUUUAGCCUGUUCGCAAAAUUGUCAGACACAGUUUGUUCAGUCGUACAGUGUAUGGACCGUCUUUAUUUAAACUGAAACUGUUUGCAGCUGAAAGGAUGAGACUCAGAAAAUAAAAACACAAGAGCAACCCUGGGGCACAUCCCUGUGUACAAACCAGCUCAUACUAGAUCAUACCAUACAAAGAUCAUAGGAUAAUCCAACAGGGCAAAACUACAGCCGCAAAGAAAGCCAAGUCAACGUGUGGUGCUAGAAAUACACAGGUCAGGCAGCAUCCAAGGAGCAGGAGAGUUGACAUUUCAGGCAUAAGCCCUUCAUCAGGAAUGCGCAGAGGGACCUGAGAGAUAAAUAGGAGGGUGGGA